UCCAGGGAUCCCGCACUGCGACUGGUCUACAACACAGUUGAUGACUGCUAGCAUCGAGACCAUCUGAAAACAGCUGUUAAUUACUGCAAAGCCUCCAGGCAAAAGAAGACAACUGUACAAGUAUUCAUUUACCCAAAAUAACAAGGUCAUGGAGAUUCAUCAGUCUGUUGUGAUUCUGCUGCUGGUCUUGGCUGCUGCUUUCACUGCUUAUGGUCAACCAGAUGAUAUAAAGCCCCGUUAUCAAAAAUUCCUUAAUCAGCAUUUCGGUCCUAGUGUGAGUGAGCAUGAUUGUGACAAAGAAAUCAGAAAGAGAGACAUCACCCAUGCUAGAACUGAAAAUGGCUGCAAAGAAGUCUAUACCUUCACACAAGCAAAUAAGAAUAAUAUUAAAGUAGUUUGUGGAAGAAAUGGAGGAACUCCACAGGGCAGAAAUCUGUUUAAGAGCAACCAGCCUUUUCCUGUGGUCACGUGUAAAUUACAAAGUGGGCAGAGACACCCACAUUGCCAAUAUAGAGGAAAGUAGUCCACUCGUUAUAUUGUUUUGGGGUGUGAUCGAGAAUGGCCUGUACAUUAUGAGGAAGGCAUAAUUAAUGUAUAG